CAUGCCGUUUGAUAUCGACGACGACCAGUAUGUCGCGAAACUUCUCACGCAAGAUGCUAAGAAGGCGAGCAAGACGUACGAUCUGGUUGGUCUCGACGCUUUCAAUCCCAAGAGAUCAGGACCUGGCGCUCCCAAGCCUAAUACAAACUUCUUGCGGCACAUUAUCCGCCAGACCGACAGUCACAAUGCUGCACUGCUAGCAAAGGAAGCCGAGGACUCGAGCUUGCGGCUCAGGCAGAUGAAUCGCGAGAGAGACAGAGGUCGCACAGAAGCAGUAGACAGGGCAAAGAGGAGGAUAGAAGGGCGCUUGAGUCCUCCGCACCAUGACGAAGAUCCACGACAGCGACGCUCACGGCGAAGAGGGGUGGACGAGGACCAAGACGGCCACAAAGGAGAUCGCAAAAGACGACACGGAGAACACAAAUCGGGUAGUCAUUCCAGGAACCAUGGAGAAGAUAGUAGAGCGAGACAUAGCCAUAAAAGACGAUAUGGGGACAGUGACGAAGACCGCGCAUCGCACAGAUCAAGGCGAACGAGAGAGAGCGGCCGCCGAGAUCGCCACGAUAGGGAAGAGAAACUCGGAGAAAAGACUCGGCAUCGAAGCCGCAGAGAGCGCAGGUCUUACUCCAGAUCGCUGUCUCGAUCACGGUCAAGAUCACCUCGUCGUGAAAGCAACAGGGAGCGACAUCGGCCACGCUCGCCCCGACGCUCAUCGCGCAGCCCAAUCAAGUCUCGAAAGCGCACGCGACGGUCAAAUACUCCAGCGUCUGACUCGGACCCUCUCGAGGCCCUAGUCGGCCCACUACCGCCUCCGUCUGAACCCGCUGUCCGCUCGCGCGGGCGAGGCGCUCUCAAAGCCAACGCCCUCGGCAUUGAGUCUCGCUUCUCUGCAAGUUAUGAUCCUACCAUGGACAUGAGGCCGGGCUCCGAUGCUGGGGAUGACUGGGAUGAAGCACUCGACGCAAUGCGAGAUCGAGAACGGUGGAAGCAACAGGGCGCGGACAGACUGCGUGCAGCAGGUUUCAAGGAUGAACAAGUGAAGAAAUGGGAGAAAGGUGGCGAUCCGAUGGAAGAAGACGUUGUUUGGACCAAACGCGGGCAGGAUAGGGAGUGGGAUAGAGGCAAAGUCGUCGAUGAAGACGGCGACGUAGAGCUCAGAGCUGAGUGGGGAAGAUUGAAGUAAGAACUCGCCAUGGCGAUGUAUAU